AUGGCAUCCAAUAAUCCAGUUUUAAAUAAAAUAGAAGAGUUGAAACCUACUUUUAUUAAAAGACUAAGUGAUGCUAUCGCUAUUCCAGCCGUUUCUGGUGAUGAAUCCUUGAGGCCAAAAGUUGUGGAAAAGGCACACUUCCUUGCCAAACAAUUAAAGGACUUGGGUUUCCACGAUAUUCAGUUAAAAGAUUUGGGCGUUCAACCACCUCCAGUUUCCGAUUCUAAUUUAAAAUUGCCACCCGUUAUUUUAUCCAGAUACGGUAACAAUGAUUCUAAAAACAAAAAAAAAACAAUUUUAAUCUAUGGUCACUAUGAUGUUCAGCCAGCUUUAAAAGAAGAUGGAUGGGACACUGAACCUUUUACCUUUUAUUUAGAUGAAGAAAAACAAAUAAUGCGUGGUAGAGGUGUUACUGACGAUACCGGUCCCUUAUUAGGCUGGUUAAACGUUGUACAAGCUUAUAGAGAAGCUGGUAAAGAAUUACCAGUUAAUUUAAUCACUUGUUUUGAAGGUAUGGAAGAAAGUGGUUCCAUUGGCUUAGACAAAUUGAUUAUUGAAGAAGCUGAUAAAUAUUUCAAAGAUGUAGAUACUGUUUGUAUCAGUGACAAUUAUUGGCUAGGAACCAAAAAACCAGUUUUAACUUAUGGUUUGAGAGGUUGUAAUUACUACCAAAUUACUAUCAAAGGACCAAAAGCUGAUUUACAUUCUGGUGUCUUUGGUGGUUGUGUUACUGAACCAAUGAUUGAUUUGGUUCAUGUUUUACAAUCAUUGGUUAAACCCAAUGGUGAAAUUCAAAUCGCUGGUAUAAAAGAGAUGGUUGCUCCUGUUACUGAAACUGAAAAUCAAAUUUAUGAAAAGAUCGAUUUUAGUGUGGAAGAGUUAAACCAAGCAAUAGGUUCAAAAACUUCUUUGUAUGAUAAUAAAAGGGACAUUUUGAUGCAUAGAUGGAGAUAUCCAUCUUUAUCCAUCCAUGGUGUAGAAGGCGCAUUUUAUGGUCCUGGUGCUAAAACAGUUAUUCCCGGUCAAGUUAUCGGUAAGUUUAGUAUCAGAACUGUUCCAGAUAUAGACAGUAAGAAACUAGAUCAACUAGUUAUAGACCACUGUAACAAAGUUUUUGCUGAAUUAAAGUCACCAAACACAUUCAAGACUGAAUUAGUUCAUGAUGGUAAUUAUUGGAUUACUGAUCCAUUUAAUAAAUCGUUUACUGCUGCCGCAAGAGCCACCAAAGAUAUUUAUGGUGUAGAACCAGAUUUGACAAGAGAAGGUGGAUCUAUCCCAAUUACUUUAACCUUUGAAAAAGCAUUGAAAACAAACGUUUUGUUGUUACCUAUGGGUAGAGGCGAUGAUGCUGCCCAUUCUAUCAAUGAAAAACUAGAUGUAAGUAACUACAUCAACGGUAUGAAAAUUAUGGCAAAUUAUUUGCUCUAUUACUCUGAAGAUUGA